UAUGAAAUUUAGAUGGCUAAUCCCUUUUUGUUAUUUUUUUUCCAGUUUUCAGCUAUUCUGGCCAUUAUAUUCUUCAUCCAGUUAGCUCUGGGAGUGUUUGUCUUUGUGUUUCAAGAUAAAGUUGAAGGCUUUGUUUCAAAAAAAAUAGAGUCAACAAUCAUAAACUACAGAGAUAAUGUAGACUUGCAGAGUUUUAUUGAUGGUGUUCAACAAAAUUUUCAGUGUUGUGGUGGAAAGGACUACAAUAACUGGCAAAAGAACCUUUAUUUCAACUGCUCCUCUCCUGGUGCUGAAGCUUGUGGUGUUCCAUUUUCUUGUUGUCGAGAGGAUACUCUCAACACACAGUGUGGCUAUAAUAUCAGAAAACCCUCAUACACUGAGACCGAUAGGAACGCUAUUAUUUACACCAGAGGCUGCAUAGAAGCAGUGAAGGAGUUUUUCAAGGAGAACAUGAUUAUAAUUGGUGGGAUUGCAGUUGGCCUGGCUUUGAUGCAGAUCAUGGGCAUUUGUUUUGCAAACAGCCUUACAGCAGACAUCAAGAUGCAGAUGGCGAGAUGGGAACGGGACUACUAUUGAAAGUGUUUGCUUUUUAAGUCCAUCAGUAGAUGUAGUAUAUUUCAAAGCAGUAAAGGUUUUUAUACAUUUUAUAAUGAUAUCAGCUAUAACAAAUAGAACCCAUGUGCUCUGCAUACAGAAACUGAUCAUUAUGGAUAUAUUUGCACCCAAUCCUACAAUGCACUGGUUGAUAAACAUAAUUAUUGUAUUUAUUAACUAAUGUAUUCAUAACGCAUUUCCAUCUCUUAAUUUUACAGUAACAUAUUAAUGAGAAUGUUUGGAAAGGAGAUGGGACUUCAGGUUUCAGUGAAGCCCUAACCUGAAAAAUGAAAGAGAAACAUAAAAAAAUACUCAGACCAUUGACUCCCAAAUUAAAAGUCCAGUUUGCAGUGUAGUUAUUCUUUUUUUCCCCAUUCCCCAGAAGCUUGAUUUCUUUUGACACAAAUAAUUGAAAUCAAGGUGUUAAUUUGACAUUAAGGUUAUGGUAAUGUCAUCUUAGUCACUGCUGUUCUUUGUAUAUUUUUCUCAAUUAUAUUGUUAAUAUAUUCCACACAUUUCAAAGUACACUUGAUAUUGGGCCAGUGUGGUCAAACCAUGCUUUACAUAUACCCCAGUAUUGUAUUACCCAACACAGGAAAAAUAAUACUAUUGUGCUAUGCAAGGCUGUACUCUAAAUGCCAUGGGGCUCAAUGCUUACAUUUGGUCAUUUGAUAAGCAUGUUUAUCUUGUCCUCUAAAGACAAAAGUUGAUCCGUAGGGAGGUCACUAGUUACACACAGUACAGCUGUGCAAUACAUUGCAAGAUGUUGUUUGAUGUGAUUAGAAUCUGUUGAAAUCUAGAUGAAAUAUUUUAUGAGUAGCUUGGUUUGCCCUCUGUAGGUUUACAGGGUAAAGUCAGGUCUUAAGAAGAUGUGUUUGAUAUAGGUGAACACGGGCAGCUGGGAAUCGAACCUAUGUUAAAAAAAGCAUCAGUGCUCACCAUAACUUCCCUACACAAACAGUCUUUUUAGCAUAUAUAUGCAGUCCAGAAGAGUAACCACUGCAUGACAGAGCAGAAGAAGUUCUGUAAAAGAGACUAGCCCUUUGAGUGGAGAAAGGAUAAGUAAAGGAAGAUAUUUUUAAACUACACAUGGAGUGUAUAAAGGUCACCAGCUGUUGCACUCCAGAGUUUGUUUUUUGUGGGGGAGCAGAGAUGUUUUUUGUUAGCCGGCAGACAAAUUAAUAUAAAUUUUCCAUUGAUCAAGAGGUGAACUGGCUUCCCACACUUCAUUGUCAUUAUUUUAAAGAGUUUGUAAUCAUCCUCAACUGCCAUGCAGGCUAUGUUAGUUGAUAUUUGGGGCCGGGCCCUUCAUAUAGAUUAUCAUUGAUAGCUGGUCUAAUUUCAAUGCACUUUUUUGUUUGUUUGUGUUCUUUGUUUCGGUUGUAGUCUCUUAUUUUAUUUUCUGUUCAGCAAAGAUCAAGAUGAGUUUCUUCCUUUGAAUCAUUUUUCAGAACUGAGAUUAGAUACCAGAAUAAUUUAUGUUUUGGGAGAAAUGGAAGAAAUAACGUAUAUUGCUUGCAAAGAAGCUUUUCUGAGGUGAAAUAAAAUCAAGAAAAUUGAACAAAAGUUGACUUAAAAGAGCUGCAUCAUCUACUUGUGAACUCUUUUCCCAGUUUCACAAGGAAGCAAAAUUAUAUUUAGCGAUAAUUUUAUGAGCUCUGCCCGUGCCUAAAGGCAUUUUGGAUUACACUUUUGUAUCAUUACUGAAGAGAGAGAGAGAGAUUUAGGCUUGUGAUUAGAUGCUUGAAUGUAAAAGAGUUUGUUAACUACUUGGCUUAAAGAACCACAUUUUGGACAUGGAGUAAACUUAAACAAAAGUCGUGUGUGGUUGUGGCAGUUUUGCACUGUGAUUAUACAGCUUGUUUCACGAUCAAAUACCCACCACUAAGAUUGACAAUACAAAGGCUAUUUUUUCAAACUGAUUAUUCUGCCCUGUCAGGAGCACAGUCCCUAGUCAGUCCUCACAUGGGAGGAGUUAUUCCUGCCAUGGGUUCGCUUCAUGUUGAAAAAUGUAGGAAAAUUUGUGUGCAAUGAGUUUAAUUUCCAAUGAGCGUUAUUAUGAUGAUCUAUUUUGCCAUUUAGAUUUAAGCUCGCUGUGUAAAUAAAAGAUUUUUUAUUGUAUGUA